UACAGCGCAGUUCUUCCUGUAAAGGAAUGUAGCUAACCAGUGUUUCCAGUUCGCCAUGAAAACACGGUGAUAUAAAGCAAAGAACAGCGGCCACAGAAGCCAUGUAUCAUCAUUAUGUGGUGGACGGAUGCAAACUGUUCGCGUUGCUUCUUCUUUGGCUUGGUUCCUCUGCUGGGGACAAACACGCAGGUCGUGCUCAUGCGGCAGAGCAUCAGGAGCACACGGCACACGCCUCUGCCGGUUUGGAGGAGGUGGUGCUAGUGAUCCAGAGUCAGAGGAACCCCUUCCACGCCCGUCGCGCUUCUCAGAGGAAGGUGGAGAUUCUGCAGCAGGCAGCUGAGCUGGGACAGGGAGUUCCAGUCGUUCUCCUGCUCCAUGAGUUAUCAGACUAUGAAGGGGAUUGGAGUAUCCUCCCUGCGCUUCCUCAUCUCUCUGGCUUUUUUGGCCAAUCGGCAUCCUGGUUUUUCUUCAUUGAGGAGGAAACCAGCGUCACACUGUCUGCUCUGCUGCAGGUCCUCCACAGAUAUCAAGUCCAGGAGGAAUGGUUUUUGGGUAAGCCUCUCCAUGACAACGAAGCUUCCAUUAUCCACCACUAUGCCUUCUCUGAAGACCUCGGUUCCUUCAGUUAUCCGGACCCCGCCGCAGGCUGGGCUCUCAGCACGCCGCUGCUCCAGAGACUCGCUGAGCGGAUACAAUACGAGAGUCUGAAGUCAGAUUUCACCAUUGACUUGAAACAUGAGAUUGCUUUGUUUAUUUGGGAGGAAGGAAAUGGUCCAAAGUUGACUGCAGUUUCAGAGUUUUGUACAGAGACGAGAGACAACUGUGCUACCACAUUUACAUCCUACCUGCCCAACUGCGGAGAUCCGGUGUCAAAGAAAGAUGUUUUUGUUGCUGUGAAAACCUGCCAGAAGUUCCACUCAGAGCGAGUACCAGUGGUGAAGGCAACCUGGGAGAAAGACGCUGAGUUUUUGGAGUAUUACAGCGAUGUCUCUGACGCCUCCAUACCCACACUCAGCCUGGGAGUGCCCAACACUGAGAGAGGGCAUUGUGGGAAGACAUUUGCCAUCUUGAAGCGGUUCUUAAGCCAAGACGUACCAAAGGUUGAUUGGCUUCUCAUUGUUGAUGACGACACACUGAUCAGUUUACCCAGGUUGCGGCAACUGCUGCGUUGCUACGACCCGAAGGAAGCAGUGAGUCUGGGGGAGAGGUACGGCUAUGGCUUGCUUCAGAGAGGAUACAGCUACACCACAGGAGGAGGAGGGAUGGUGCUCAGUCGUGCCGCGGUGUCCCGUCUCGUUUCCAGCGGUUGUGGUUGCUACAGUGAUGAUGCUCCUGAUGACAUGGUGCUGGGCAGGUGCUUCACCUCCCUUGAUGUUCCCAUCACACACAGCCCCCUGUUUCACCAGGCCCGACCGUAUGACUACUCCGAGACGACGCAGCAGGCCAUCUCCUUCCACAAGCACUGGAACAUAGAUCCUGUGGUCGUCUACAAACACUGGCUGCAGGACACACAGCCGCGAGAUGAACUGUAGAACCAGCGUCAGAAUUUGACUGUGGCCGACAGCGCCAUAAAUUGCACAUCACUUCAACCACUAUCAGCCCAUCUCAAGGGCAGAUUUAGAAAAGAUAUUGCACUAAUGAUACUGCAUCUGCUUGCAUUUAACCGUGAGGCAAAGUGUAACUGUUACCUUGGCAGCGAGAAGAAAGUAGGCAAAACAAUGAGAAAAACGAUGCUCAUCCUGACGCACAAGGGGAAGAAAUAUUCCUCAAAACAAGCAAGGGUCUACAGACACCGUAUUUGUUUUUGCAAUGAGGCCAAUUUGCAUAAAUGGGACCAAUUUGGUGCUGAAUAUAUGCAAUUAGGGGUGCAUUCUUUCCUGUGCCGAUGCUUUGAGAAUAACUGUUUCUUUUUUUCUUAUUUGUGAAGGUUUUGCACACAAUCCGUGCAUAUGUCAACUAUACUGUAGCGUAGACAAACGUUGAAUCAAAUUUGCACAACAGCAAAGAGCAAAUAUGCGGCAACCAAUAAUACUUACUUCAAAUUCCCUGAGAAGUUGGACGUGUGUGUGUGUGUGUGUGUGUGUGUGUGUGUGUGUGUGUGUGUGUGUGUGUGUGUGUGUCACUGCUGCUGCUGUACCCCAAAACUAUUUUUGAACAAAACCAUGAACCACGAAGUUCAAUCUAUUGAAGGAAAAUCUUAAUAUGUGUUAUGAUAUGAUCUGUGUAUUUUUGGUGAAAAGACAAUCAGUGUUUAUUUUUGUUUUCUUUAUUCAGCCCGGUUGGUUCCUUCAAGGGAGACCAUGAAGGAAGUUUAACAAUUGUACGCACAGAAUAUAAUAAGGAAACAGCAGACUAAAAUACGUGUAAGCUAAGAAAAGAGACAAUUAACAAACAAGUCUUUUACUAUCUAAUUUACAAUAGCCUUGAUGUUAAUAACAUAACCUUGAUUCAUUUAUGUCAUUAAUAUUUUUCAUUUCACUUUUUAAAGAGUAGUUUAACUUGUUUGAUAUCUAUUUUAAUCUUUUCUUUCUGAGAGUCCUAUUUUUCCAAAAAUCUUUUAAAAAGUGUAUAUGUGUUUAACGUAGAAUUUGAUUAUGCGGUUCAAUCUCUAACGUAACUUUUCCCGUUUUGUAGAAUUGUGUUAUUUAUCUUUGAACAUCUGUUUGUUUUUUGGUUAGUCAGUGUGGAUGGGUUCAAAAGUAAUUACAACCACAGCUGUCAAGCCUGCGUUAAAAUGCCUUUCUGCAGCUGCUUUUAUGAAUAAAUAAAUACUUGCUGAAAAAUC